CAUCCUGACCUCGGCCCUCGGCACGGGGAGUGGACACCCCGAGCGCGGUCCCCUGCGCACAUGGGCGUCCUGAGCGCAGCCGCCCGGAGCCUGGUGCUCCGCGGGGCAGACCGGAUGAGCCAGUGGACGAGCAAGCGCGGGCCGCGCAGCUUCAACAAGGGCCGCGGAGCCAAGCGCACGGGCCUGCGCGCCCUGGGCGGCCGCUUCGUGCAGGUGCCGGAGAUGGUGCCGGCCUUCGUGGUCCCGGACCUGGCCGGCUUCAAGCUCAAGCCUUACGUGUCCUACCGCGCGCCCGCGGGCACUGACCAGCCCCUCACGGCCCACGGGCUCUUCCUCCAGGCCGUGGCCCCCGCCGUGGAGAAGGACUUCCGCGAAGGCGCUUUUGACCCUGGCCGCUUGGACAAGUAUGGCUUUGAGCACACGCAGGAGGGCAAGCUCUUCCAGCUGUACCCCAAGAACUUCCCCCGCUGACCACAGUCCAUUAAAGCUCUUGGCCCUCAGGGA